CGUCGUCAUAUCCGGUUGCGUGCCGCGUCGUUUGAAGUUGUUUAUGCGUGAAGUUUAGCUCGCUAAAUAAUAUCAUUUGAUUGUCUUCUUUUAUUCCAUUUAAAUUAACAUAAUAAUGUAUUAAUCGAUUAAUUAAAUUCUGUUUAACGCUCUGCUUCUCGAUUGGCGCCAUUUUGUGGAUAUUCACAAUAACGAAAGAAACAGAAUUAUAUCCACAAGCUAUGUAAUGUAAAGUUAGUUUAUGUAACAUAAUUAUGAGAGUUUAAUGCGAGGCAGGCAUGUUCUUUGUGUUUUAUUGCAGAAAUGAUAAGUGUGUAAGGGUUUGAGUUGAAGUAAGAGCCGUAAUGUCUGUGAGUUUAACUCCAGAACAGCAGAGGCGGAUUGAGGAGAACAGACAGCGAGCUCUGGCCAUAAGAGCUAAGAGACACGCGCAGGGCAACAUUCAACUGCCCCUCGGAUCUGCCCCAAACAAUACCACACAGACAACAGCAUCUGAUCCGACACGAUCAUGUACAGUCAACAGCGAUGUCAAGCAGCUUAUAGGCAAACAAAGUCCUUUUGCAUCUCCGACAUCCAAAACUGCUUCUGCGUCCUGUAGCUUUUAUGGACAGACGGUCAAAGCACCCACAGGAGAGAAGAGGGCAUUUAAAACCCCUGAAACUGGGUCAGGUGUUCCUACUAAGAAGCCUUUGGUGACUGUUAAAGGAAGAUGUGUGUCACAUUCAGAUGAUCGGUUCAGAGUGGAGGUCGGUUACAACGCUGAACUUAUUGCCGCGUUCAAAAGCAUUCCUUCCAAGAACUAUGAUCCUGCGACAAAGACGUGGAACUUCAGUCUAAAGGACUAUCAGAUGCUGAUGGACCAGGCUGCUAGUUUGCCCUCCGUCUCUCUGAAACCCUUGGAUGGAAUGGAAGGCCUGAAUAUUUCAGCGUCCACCAGUCGCCCCAAAGAUGCAGCAGCCCUGGCGGCUUUAAUGAGACUCUGUCAGGGUUGGCAGAAACCAGGUGCCACCAUCCAGGGCAAAUGUGUUCUGGUUUCUCGCUCUCGUCUGGAAGUGGAUAUCGGAUACCAGGCUGAUGUUAUUGGAAUAUUCAAGCAGAUGCCAUCUAAAUGUUAUGACAUGAACACCAGAAAGUGGAGUUUCUUGCUGGAAGACUAUGGCAAACUCAUGUCACAUCUAAAUCAGCUGUCAUCGGUGGAGAUCGAACCUUUACCUCACGCUGUGAUUCAGUCCUUCUCUUCUCAAUUUGAGAAGAGCGAGUCCAGACCUGAUGUUCCUCCUGCGGCGGAUCUCUCCGGUGUCGAUCCGAAGCUUACACACAGCCUCAUGCCCUUCCAGAGAGAUGGAGUCAAUUUUGCAGUGUCCAGAGACGGCCGUCUGCUGUUGGCUGAUGAUAUGGGUUUGGGUAAAACCAUACAGGCCAUCUGUAUCGCCUCAUACUACAGGAGCGAGUGGCCGCUGCUGGUGGUCGCCCCGUCCUCUGUGCGCUUCACAUGGGCCGAGGCUUUCCGCCGUUGGUUGCCAUCUGUGAACGCUGACAGUAUUAAUGUGGUGGUUAAAGGCAAAGACAAUCUCCACUCUGGUCUCAUUAACAUCGUCAGCUAUGACCUGCUCAGUAAGAUGGACAAACAGCAACCAUCCAGCUCUUUCAAUGUCAUCAUUAUGGACGAGUCUCACUUCUUGAAGAACAUGAAGACCGCUCGCUGUAGAGCAGCUCUUCCUCUACUAAAGGCUGCUAAGAGAGUGAUCCUCCUGUCAGGAACACCAGCCAUGUCCCGACCCGCUGAACUCUUCACUCAGAUUCAAGCCGUGAAACCGUCUCUCUUUCCACGCUUCCAUGACUUCGGCACACGUUACUGUGAUGCCAAGCAGCUUCAGUGGGGAUGGGAUUAUUCUGGCUCCUGUAACCUGAAUGAACUGAAGCUUCUUCUGGAGGAGUCCAUCAUGCUCAGACGUCUGAAGUCAGAGGUGCUCUCGCAGCUUCCCGCCAAACAGCGCAAGGUGGUUACCGUGACGACGGACGGCAUCAACUCCCGCACCAAAGCCGCCCUCAGCGCGGCUGCCAAAGAGCUUGCCAAAGGAUGCCGCAACAAGUCUCAGGAGAAAGAAGCUCUUCUGGUUUUCUUCAGUCACACCGCAGAGGCCAAAACCAAAGCCAUCAUGGAAUACAUCUCAGAUAUGCUGGAGUGUGGACGAGAGAAGUUUCUGGUCUUUGCUCAUCACAAGCUGGUGCUGGACAGUGUGACCAGAGAACUUGGUGAGAAGGGUAUCAAUUAUAUUCGUAUCGACGGGUCGACGCCGUCAGCGGAGCGCCAGCAGCUGUGUGAUAGAUUUCAGUUUUCCCCGCAGAGCUGUGUGGCUGUUCUCUCAAUCACCGCUGCUAACAUGGGACUGACGCUGCACGCCGCCGAUCUCGUGGUCUUCGCUGAGCUCUUCUGGAAUCCUGGAGUCCUGAUUCAAGCAGAAGAUCGAGUACACAGGAUUGGACAAACCAGUAAUGUGGAUAUUCAUUAUCUAGUGGCUAAAGGCACUGCUGAUGAUUACCUGUGGCCAAUGAUUCAAGAGAAAAUGAAUGUUCUGGAGCAGGUGGGCUUGUCUGAAUCUAAUAUUUCCGAGAAGGCAGAGUCUGCCAGCUUUCACAGUAAGGACCCUCAACAGCUGACCAUCACUGAGAUGUUUCAGAGGUCCUUUGAUGAAGAUGAGAUGCUGGCAUUACUCAGUGAAGAUCAAUGAUCCAGAAGAUUUCAUGCACCUGUAAAACAGAGAAGUCUUGUAAAGAUUAUGACAUUUGAGUUUGUUUAGUUUUUUUGUUGUUGUUCAUUCUAACCAUGUGUCAGUAAUGCAAAGUGUACCGUCAUGGUAAAUAUUUAAGUUAUGACAAAUCUGGCAUUCAACUUCAUUAAAGAAUAAGCUGAAAAUACAA